AUGGGAGUGAUCGCUGGUGCCGCAGCAGCCUGCGUCAUCUGUCUCCUCUGCGUCGUCCUCUGCGUCGUCGUCAUCGUCAAGAGGAACAGUAAGAAGUGCAAGCAGGCCAAAACUGCUCAGUGUGAUAAUCUUGACUACCGCAACGGCGAAGGACCUGGCAACGAGGAAUGUGCUCGACCUGGCAACGAGGAAUGUGCUCGUUGUGUACAGGACCUGGCAGCGAGGAACGUACUCGUCAGUGACAGCCUCGUAUGUAAGAUCGCUGACUUUGGCUUAAGCCGCGAGCUGGAAACAAACCGCUCAGACGGCACCUACACGACCAAGGGAGGGAAGAUUCCCGUGAGGUGGACAGCGCCGGAAGCCAUCUCCUACCGGAAGUUCACGUCAGCUAGCGACGUCUGGUCGCUAGGCAUCGUCAUGUGGGAGGUAAUAUCCUACGGAGAGCGGCCAUAUUGGAACUGGUCGAACCAGGACGUGAUCAAGGCGAUAGAGAAGGGCUACAGACUUCCUGCGCCCAUGGAUUGUCCUGAGGCGACCUACCAGCUCAUGCUGGACUGCUGGCAACACGAUAGGAGCCAUCGACCCAAAUUCCCGGCCAUCCUCAGCACGCUGGACACCCUAAUACGCAACCCCGAGACCCUGAAGAAGAUGGUCAAGUCACGGUGAGACGGA